AUGUCUCUACUCCGCCGCAUCCGAUGGAAUCCUCAGAACUACUUGUGUUCCCCAAGGCGUCAGCUCACAUCCUCCGCCUCCGCCGUGCCAUACCCACUCGGAAGAAGAGAUCCUUACUCUCUCCCACUCUCACUUACUCAGAAGCCCCAUCCCGAAGAAAUCCACUUUAUCGACUCCCGUCCCAUCUCCCUCCGCUACAGAGUCGCCGCCGUUUUGGAGCUCUCGGCUCUCGACGACGCCGCCACGAUCUCCCGCUUCGCUGUAUUCGACAGAUUCCGCACCGACGCCAUUGUCCCUUGCAACGCCGUCAUCGACGCCAUGUGCCGCGCCAAACGCUACGAGGAUGCCAUUGCUCUCUUCCAUUUCUUCUUCAACAAGUCUGGCAUUGCCCCCAACACCCUCUCCUUCAACCUCAUCAUCAAAGCCCACUGCGAUGAAGGCCACGUCGACGACGCCCUUCACCUAUACCGCCACUUUACUGCCUUUUUCGCUCCCGACAGCGACACGCACAGGCUGCUCGCUCAAGGGCUUGUCGAUGCCGGGAGGAUCGAAGAAGCCGUGUCUUUAACCACCUCUGUCGUGGACUGGAAGGUCCACAACGUUCUCAUUCGCGGCUUCUUGGAUCUACGAAACCACGACAGGGCUCAUGAGCUCUUUUCCCAAGUUAAGGCAGCUUGCGAUGCAGACGGGAUUGCCUUUGUGAGCUGCACGUUUUUGGACUACUGGUGUGAGCGAGGGGAAGAUGAAGACGCGUAUUUGGACAACUGGUGUGAGCGAGGGGAAGAUGAAGACGCGUAUUUGGACAAAGCUAUGUCAUACUUACCUAGCAAGGUUGAGUUAGUGUCUGGCAAUAAGCUUGUGGAAGUUUUGUUCAAGCAUGGUCGAACAAGUACUGGUUGGGCAUAUUUCAGGGGCAUGUUGAAAGAAAACAUCUUUGAUUCACAGACCAUCAACAUAGCGGUCAACGAGUAUUUCAAGCACGGGGAGUUUGGGGAGGCACUCGAGACCUUGAAAAGGUCCCCUCCGGAAAUAAUGUCUGGUUCCUUGAGCAACAUCAUUGCCAGGUUAUGCGAACGUGGGAUGGUCUCGGAGGCAGAGUCUUUACUUGAGGAAAUGACCUCACCCGGCGUCGCCACAUUCAGAGCACUGAUCGAUGCAUACGUUAGGGCCGGAAGAGUGGAUGAUGCUCUCCGUAUCUUCAACAAGAUGAUGGCUGCACGUCUACGCAACCUUGCUAUUGAUCAUGCCCACUGA